GAGCUGGGGCGGAGCCUGGCGUCCCCUCCCGCGUCCGGCCGCGCCCGACCUCCGGACUGCGGCGACACUGCUGGCCGCUGCCGCCGCCAGCUGUCCCUGCGGCGCUCCUGCCCCGGCGCUCGGGAGCCGGGCGAGGCCCAGCCUCCGCCUCGGCGCGGGGGCGUCAGACUCGCGCGUGCGCAGCGCGGAGGGGCGCGGGUCGGGACCCCCAGCCCCCAGCUAGCGCGUGCGCCGAUCGGGCGCGGGCCGGGAUGAGCCUCCGGGCGCGGCAGCCCCACUGAGGCGGCGGCCCGCAGGCAGGAGGAGCGCGGGCCGCCCACGCCGUGCGGGGCCAUGGCGUUCCUGGCCGGGCCGCGGCUGUUGGACUGGGCCAGCUCGCCGCCACACCUGCAGUUCAAUAAGUUCGUGCUGACCGGCUACCGGCCGGCCAGCAGCGGCUCUGGCUGCCUGCGCAGCCUCUUCUACCUGCACAACGAACUGGGCAACAUCUACACGCACGGGCUGGCCCUGCUGGGUUUCCUGGUGCUGGUACCGAUGACCAUGCCUUGGGGUCAGCUGGGAAAGGAUGGCUGGCUGGGGGGCACUCACUGUGUGGCCUGCCUGGCACCACCUGCAGGCUCUGUGCUGUAUCACCUUUUCAUGUGCCACCAAGGGGGCAGCCCUGUGUAUGCCCGGCUCCUCGCGCUGGAUAUGUGUGGGGUCUGCCUUGUCAAUACGCUCGGGGCCCUGCCCAUCAUCCACUGCACCCUGGCCUGCAGGCCCUGGCUGCGCCCGGCUGCGCUGGUGGGCUACACCGUGCUAUCAGGCGUGGCUGGCUGGCGGGCCCUCACCGCCCCCUCCACCAGCGCCCGGCUCCGGGCCUUUGGCUGGCAGGCUGGUGCCCGCCUGCUGGUGUUUGGGGCCCGGGGAAUGGGGCUGGGCUCAGGGGCCCCGGGCUCUCUGCCCUGCUACCUGCGCAUGGAUGCGCUGGCGCUGCUUGGGGGCCUCGUGAACGUGGCCCGCCUGCCAGAGCGCUGGGGACCAGGCCGCUUCGACUACUGGGGCAACUCCCACCAGAUCAUGCACCUGCUCAGCGUGGGCUCCAUCCUCCAGCUACACGCCGGCGUCGUGCCUGACCUACUCUGGGCCGCCCACCACGCCUGUCCCCUGGACUGACUGGAGGCUGUCCCCAUGCCGGCUUGCCCAUGGCCUCCUACUUCCUCCUGCUGGUCUGCAAGGGGCUGGCUCCCCGGAUGCUUCCAGUGGACGGGACACCUCAGCUGGGAGCCCGCGUCUGCUCAGCCGUUCUCCCCUACAGACUAAUCUCUUCUUCCACCCAUGCCUCGGAGCUCCAGCUUCCUCUUCCUGCCUUCUCCCCCCAGGCUACUGUUCUACCGUGCCAGCUGGAAGGAAGCCUUUCCCUCUGGGCCUGUGUGUCCCCUGUGACCUGUGAGGGACUGUGGGGUCACAUCUUGCUCUGACAGUUGGAGUCCUGGCAACUGAGCAGGUCUGCACCAGCACAGAGCUGUCACCCUUCCUUCCCCUCUGGCCCUUCCCACUGGGCCUUCCCACUGGGCCCCUCUUGGGUCCCUGGCCAGCCCAUACUUCUGGCCUCCUAGCAGCCAGAUGCUGCCCGACCCUUCUCCCUCUGUCCAGAGACUGGAGUAAGGCAUUUGGGGCAGCAGGACCAAGUGGGCAUUGACACUUCUUGUACCAG